GAGAUGCGAGUACGUCACUUCUGUCCGCGCGCGCCCGGGGGGGUAGCCUGCUACUCUUAUAGAGGUACACGAUUCGACGUAGCCAUCGACGUGUUGUUCACUGAGAACUGCAUAUUGGACAUCAGCGUGUACGGCCUGCACGUCAACAUGUCACUGCUCGACAUCGAGAUGUGGAAGUGGGAGGAGGGCACGUACUAUGAAGAUUUCAGAUUGACGCCGACAGAGUACCGGGGCCCCACGUAUCAAACGCUGGACGGGUUCGAACCGUUGGACGAUAGCAUGUGGGUGCCGGACUAUGACCGCUGGUCUACGGAACCCGUCACGUAUGAGACUACAACAUCACGAUACACUCAAACGGCGAAUGAUACUAUCACCAUUCUGGCAUACUCUUUUGUGUCGACCACUACCAAAUCGGGGACAACAACGAAAACAAGAAAAAAAUUCUCAAGAAAGACCAAACCGCCCAAAGGGAUAACAUUCUGGUCCGCAAUAGAAUACUUCUUCGUAAACAUCUUCUGGAAGGGUUUCAUUUGUUGGAUCUUCAAUUGCUGAAGAUAUGUACAGUUUAUUAGUGGGUCAUUCUUGCUGACUCCUGCACCGUUCGACUCGCAUUGCUACGUAGCAAUUAUUAAACUUAGCACAGCUUGAUGCCCCUUUACGUGCGCUACUACAAAAUAAUCAAUUGAUUUUUGACAAUCUUAAUUAGCCGAAUGGCAUAGCGCCAUUUUAGAAAAGGACUUUUAGAAUUGACAAAUCUUAAUACUAAUAAGAAUCGUAGGUACCUCAAUUUUAUAGCGCCACCUAUUAAAUACUAUAAUAACUACAUUGAUGAUGUCUACC